AUGACCGGACAUGAGGGUUCUAGGGCAGAGGAGGAUUUGAGAUUUCUCAAAAACGAAACACAUGUUUGGGAGUUUAAGGCAGCAAACACGGGUCAGAUUGUCAUUAGGAAGCGGUAUGUUCAUCUUUUUCCUGGCGAUGAGUUAACAAUCUUCGACGAUUUUGCUGACUCAAAAACCGAACUAGCAAGGUAUUCAAAGUGGAAUUCCUCUGCAAGCAAAGUUAUCUCUUCGGGCGACUCCAUCACUCUAGAGCUGACUAAUAACGCUAACCUAUCCGUACCAGUGCUGGAAGAUGCGAGUCACAUAUUUGGCUUUAACUUCACCUUGGAAGAGGCUGGUUUCUGCUCACCCAAUGAUUCUGACCGCGCGUCUUGUGAAUUUCCUCAGGAACAGCGUUGUUAUUCGGUGGCGGAAGAUCGGUGUGAUGGUUCCUGGGACUGCCCUUUAAACGGGCUCGAUGAGAUUAGUUGUUCAUGCCCCUCUGUUACAGAAUUCGCCUGCGCAGAUUUUUCUGUCUCCGGAUCCUGUUACAGCUUGGCUCAGCGAUGCGAUGGCGUUUACCACUGUACUGACAAAUCCGAUGAGGCAAGUGGUGUCAUGAUGAAUUGUUUGGAGAGCCAGUGUUCGUUAGAGGCGCUACGUUUUCUCUGCGUGCCACUCAAUAGCAGUGCGAGGGUGGCGGGUGAGUGUGUCCCUCUGGAACGGAUUUGUGAUGACCACUUGGACUGUGCCAACGGGGUCGACGAGGCGCCUUACCUCUGUCGCAGCUCCGAGCCCGCCAAAUCUUCCUCUGUCGUUGCCGCCAUCGCACAGCUCUUCGCCGCUCAGGUGGCUCAGGAGGCAGUGAAGGAGGCGGCGGCGGCAGCACUGUCGCGGGUGGACUCGCGGCUGCGUACCCUCCUCACCUACGUACUAUCCGCUCUUUUCGGCCCUCUUCUCAUCGUCCUUACUGUUGGGCUCGUGUGCCGUUCUAGCGCCGCCUCCUCUGCUACCGGUCGACGGUCAGCUGAGGAGACUCGACGUGCAAGACAGCAAGCGCGCUUCAACUCUCCCAUUCAACGUCUCAUCCGCGAUGAAAUUCGUCGUCGUCCCCCUCCUCCAACGUACGAGGAAGCGUUAAACAAUAGUCUUUUUGAGGAACCAAUUCUUGAGGGGGUGGUGCCACCACCUCCACCUGAGCCUCUCCCAGGUGCCCUCUCACAGGAUCGCAUCGCUGCUGUCCGCGAACUCUCCAUGAAGCCCACCCCCACACGCGUCGACGUGGCCAUUUCCUGUAAUCUUCUCGGUGAUGUCAUCAACCCCCCUUCUACCCAUAACCAGCAUUACCGUCGUCGACGUCGUCGGCCUCUCCUAGCAUCCCCCUCUUCACCUUCCACUCAACUGAUGUCCACGAUGUUGGCCACACCUACUGCGAUAGAAGAGGGUGAAGUCGAAGGUGUACCGCAGUCAUCCAUGGAAGGUGGCUCCGGCCAGGGUCUUCUUGGACGCUGGUUCGUAUCCACUUUGGGGAGUUGGAGACGUGCUGGCAGUGGUAAUGGUGUCGAUGAUGGUGGUUCAAGAAGGGACUACGAACAACCUGAAAUCUCCGAGGCAACCGUAGUUUCGUCCAUGCAUGAAGAGGAAGGGAUAGAGGAUGAGUACGCCUCUAUCACGUCACGGCGCGAGUCCAUCAACGGAGAAGACGAAGAGGAGGCAGAUGAAGGUGUUUGGAAGUGUAAAUUGAUCGUCUUUUUUAAAUGUCAAAGAACUUCAAUCAAACUAGGUAAUAGGUAUGCUGUUGAUAUAAUAAGCUGCUUCCCAUUUUGUCGAUGUAUGAGGAUUUUAAACUUCCACAUUAACAUGAUCUUCCUUUGGAAGCUGUCGCUAGCAAGCGCUUGGGUUAUUGUGUUUGCGAAAUCAGUGGGAGGUGCUCCUAUGGAAGGUGAACUGUUGCUAGAGGCUACGACAACAGCUGUAGCAGGUGGAGAGCUGGAAAAUAUAGUUGUGGAGACGAGUCAAGAUGGCGGCGAUAACGAUGGUCAUCGUAGCUACAUAAGCUCCAAGUCCUCCUUUUUCCAAUCGCAGAUGUCAGAAUCAACCACAACUGGUGCGGGAGGUUUUGGGAGGGAGGACGGAAACGUGGAAUUCAUUAAUCUAGACGAGGACACGGACACUGGUGACUCAGAAUUCGAGCCUCCUGAAGGCAGUGGAGUCCAGGAUGAUGAUAGCAUUGCAGCGGAGGAGGAUGUUGCUGAUGAAGAGGAGGUUAAUGGUUUGAUGAGGGAGAGCGAGAUGUCACUGAGCGAACUUCUGGCCUCCUAUGGUCUUCCCGCUUCUGCCAUUCCCGUUGAGACCGUCUCAUCAACAAUGAAUACGUCGACUUCGGGCGAGCGAGCUAUCACGCGUAAACGCCGCUACAAUGGCAGCGCAACACAGGCACCUAUCGAGGCAUCGGUGACGGUCCAGAGCAGCAGCAACGGUACUGUUCAUCCGCCUGCUCAGAUUAAGUCCACCGGUAUGAGGGCAAUCGAAAUUGAUCUCACGUCGAGUAAUGGUGAGGCAGAGGAGGAGCUAGUGGAUGACGUAGUAAUGGACGAUGAAGCUGAUGACGACGCAGACGUAGAUGAAGACGAAGACGAUGAUGAUGAUGAGGAGGAAGUCGGUUCUGAUUGCAAGAAUCAUACCGUCUCACUUUGGUGUCAGGCACUUGCGGCCGGUGACUCUCCACCAGCCUAUAACUCUGAGGAAGACGAAGAUUACCUGCCCAACGUUGAAGGAGAGGGUGAUUGGCGUGGUGAGAUGCGCGUGGGAGAUGAGUACCAAGCCAGUGUGCCAUCCACACCACCGCCGGUAAACUUGCGGACGGACUCGCACUUGGGCGUGGAGGCGCGAAUGCUGUGGAAACCAAGUCACCUAUCGGAGGUGGAGGUGGAGCACUACCAGCAGAACUACUCACGCAUUCUUGCGCUCUCUGCACCAACCACUCGUGUACCUGACGACGAAGAAGCACUCUUCCUCCUUCUUCGAUGCAGUUUCGAUCCUGAUGAGGCAUUGAGUCGUCUCCAAAUGAAGCCCGUCCAACCCACUGAAAUUCUUCCUUACCUGGAGACCUGGAGCGAGUCAGAUUGCACUGCGUUUGAAAAAGGAUUCAUUGCAUUCAAUAAGAACUUCUUCCAGAUCCAACAAAGUAAGUUGCGUCAUAAGACAGUGGGCGAAUUGGUGCAUUUCUACUACCUCUGGAAGAAGACUGCACGCCACGACGAGUUUGUUCGUCUUUAUCGACGCGAAAAGAAGAAACCCCUCCAUCCCGGCAUUACAGACUUUAUGGACUGUCUCAUGAGGGAGCAGCUUUCCGUAGUGGCUGGUCUCCCAGAUGAGGCGGGUGACCUUGAACCCGACUGCCAGAACAAAUCGCAAGCCCAAGUGACUCCCCCAAAGGCAGAACUUCCCACUCCGUCCAUCCAUGCCACCUCCUCAACAAAUGCGAUCGGUCCGUCGGAUCGCGGAGAGGCACCCAGUCAGUACGCGUUAACAGUUAAUCGCGGCAGCUCUGCCGAGAACUGA